AGUUGUCAGACCAGGGAGGAUGUGACGUGUGCAAUGAUGGCUGGAGGAGAAUGCUUGCCGUUUCGUACUUUUUCUCUCUCUUUUAACACUGAAAAAGUGCUUCUGGGUCUGUUUCUAAAGCACCUCAAAGAGAGAAAAUUUCAUAUUGGAUUCCAAGAGGAAACAAUUCUUUUCCUGCAGAAUAUUUUGGUGUCUGGAUGAAAGCAUGGCAGAAGACUAUUCAGAGGCACUUUUGAAGAAGAAUUACUAUGAGAAUUGCCCGGGUUGUAAGGUUGAUCGAUACAAAGAGUUGAAGAAAGGACUGCCUAUUCGAGAACUUUUCUCAAUAUGGAUUGUUGUGCUUGGUACUGCAUUACCAAUAUCAUCUCUCUUUCCAUUCCUUUACUUCAUGGUUAGGGAUUUUCAUAUUGCAAAACGGGAGGAAGACAUUGGCUAUUAUGCAGGAUAUGUUGGGUCUACAUAUAUGCUUGGGAGAGCUUUGACUUCUGCUUUUUGGGGAAUAGUGGCUGAUCGCUAUGGACGAAAACCUGUUAUAAUUAUAGGGAAUUUGACAGUAGUUAUCUUCAACACCCUCUUUGGCCUUAGCACAAAUUUUUGGAUGGCUAUCGCUACAAGGUUUUUUCUUGGGAGUUUCAACGGUUUACUUGGACCUAUAAAGGCAUAUGCAUGCGAGAUUUUCCGUGAGGAAUAUAGUGCUUUAGGAUUGUCAACAGUGAGUACGGCAUGGGGUAUAGGAUUGAUCAUUGGUCCAGCUCUAGGAGGUUUCCUUGCCCAGCCAGCAGAGAAAUAUCCAAAUAUUUUUUCGAAAGAAUCUUUGUUUGGGAGAUUUCCAUACUUCCUACCCUGCUUCUGCAUGUCAGUUUUUGCACUGGGGGUCACAAUUGCUUCUUGCUGGCUUCCGGAAACACUGCAUACGCAUGACAAACAUAGUUCUUCAGUUGAUGAUACAGUAGACGAUAAGGAAAUUGGAUUUACUGGGUCUAAAAGAAAUGAAGGAAAACCAGACAACGAGGGAAAUAAACCAACUUCUGAGGAAAGCCUCCUAAGGAAUUGGCCUUUAAUGUCAUCUAUCAUUGUAUAUUGUGUUUUCGCUCUUCAUGAUAUGGCUUAUGGAGAGAUAUUUUCACUAUGGGCUGUCAGCCCUAGAAAGUUCGGGGGCCUGAGCUACUCAACUGAGGAUGUUGGGGAAGUUCUCUCCAUUUCAGGUUUCAGCCUUCUAGUAUUUCAACUUUCUUUGUAUCCAUGCUUGGAGAGGAUUUUUGGACCCAUAACGAUAUCUCGGAUAGGAGGGAUUAUAUCUAUUCCAUUGUUGGCAAGUUACCCUUUUAUUGCUAAGUUAUCAGGGUUCAACCUUACCCUUUUGUUAAAUUGUGCUUCUGUAGUGAAGAAUGUUCUAUCUGUGUCAAUUAUAACAGGCUUGUUCCUUCUGCAGAACAGAGCUGUGAGUCAACACCAAAGAGGAGCUGCAAAUGGUCUUGCUAUGACAGGGAUGUCUCUUUUUAAAGCAGCUGGUCCACUUGGAGCUGGUGCCCUAUUUUCUUGGGCACAAAAGCACCGGAAUUUGGCAUUUCUUCCAGGUAACCAUUUGGUCUUCUUCAUCUUAAAUGUGAUUGAAGCAAUUGGAGUGCUGAUGACAUUUAAGCCUUUCCUAGCUCAGCGGUGAAACAAAAACGAAUGAAAUGGCCAUCAUCUACUUGGGUGCAAUACAAAAUUCAAAACAAAGAAGCAUAUAUUCUUUGUCUAUUUUCAUUAAUAAUGACUUUACAUUUACAUUUAGAUUGGUCAGUUUGUAUUUGUUGUUCUUAGUAAAUAGGAAAAUGCCAUCUUGCUCUUUAUAUCAUCCAAACAACCAGCCAAUCACUAUUAACAUAGCUUUCAAAUUUCAUAGUUAAUCAACUUCGAAUACCAAACACCAAGAUUAGUUGUA